AUGUCUUUACUAUUCAGUUCUCCACCCUCUAAGGCGACGGCCUCCCUUACACCGUUCAAGGCCGCCAUCCCUAAGGCCAAACUCGUCGAGCUCGAGACGUUGAUAAAGAUAGCGAAAGUAGCACCACCCACCUACGAGAAUUCCCAAACAGACCACCGUUAUGGUGUCAAUAGGGAUUGGCUAGUGAACAUGCAGGAUCAGUGGCUUCGGUCUUACGACUGGAAAUCCUCCGAGGAUCGAAUCAACAGUUUCCCUCAGUACACUAUGGAGGUUGAAGAUCUUACAAUUCAUUUUGUAGGAUUGUUUUCGGAAAAGAAGGAUGCUGUUCCUAUCAUUUUGUUGCAUGGAUGGCCUGGGAGCUUCCUCGAGUUUUUGCCUAUACUGCAGAGGUUCCGAGAGGAAUACACGCCAGAAACCUUGCCCUAUCACUUGAUUGUACCUUCUUUGCCCGGUUACGCAUUUUCCUCUGGGCCCCCAUUGGAUAGGGACUUUGGAACAGGUGACAUCGCUCGUGUUUUUGACCGACUGAUGAAAAACCUCGGCUUUGAGAGCGGAUACGUUGCCCAAGGAGGUGAUAUUGGAAGUCAAAUUGCCAGGCGUUUGGGCACGGAGCAUGAAAGCUGCAAAGCUGUACACGUCAACGCGGUUUUCAUGAAAAAGCCGGACGGCAUGACAGACGACCACCUGAACGCCUUUGAAUUACAGGGCAUCGAGAAUAUGAAGAAAUUCAUAACUACGAGCGUAGGCUAUGCGAUUGAGCACGGCACUCGACCCAGCACCAUCGGACAAGUUCUGGCAUCGAGCCCUCUUGCUCUACUAGCGUGGAUUGGAGAAAAGUUCCUGGAUUGGGUCGACGAUCCGCUUGCCCUAGAAGACAUUUUGGAAUCUGUCACCUUGUACUGGCUUACGGAGACGUUCCCGCGGGCGAUCUAUACUUACAGACAGAGCUUUCCUGCGCCACCGGUUAUGAUCGCCAAUGACCCUCGUUGGUAUAUCCACAAGCCAUUUGGAUUUUCUUCUUUCCCUGGGGAGCAUGUUCGACUGCCGCGCUCGUGGAUUGAAACCACUGGAGACUUGGUAUUCUGGGAGCAGCACCAGAAGGGUGGUCAUUUCGCGGCACUGGAGAGGCCUGAUGAAUUGAAGGCGGACCUAGUCAAGUUUGUAGAUCAGGUGUGGCCAGGUAUUAAGAGAGCCGACUAA